AUGAGCGAAGAGGCAGAGAAGUACAAAAAAAGAAUAGCAAACGCCAUUAAAACCAUAGGAAAUAUAUUCGGGUAUGAGGUAGAGCUGAAGGAGGAGAACAAGAUAGUUCUGAGGUCUCUGUAUGCCUUUGACGAGGAAGAUAUAUUUAUUCUGCAAAUUAGCGAAAAGGGAAUAAGCGUGGAAAGAAACGCAUACUUGAAAAAGUUUGAAAAGGAGCGGGCCUUGUACUUAGACCAGGGAAAGUCAAUUGGCGCCUUCCUGUCCGCAGUCACGCUUUCGCUGUUUGAGCAGAGCACGUUUCAAUAA